UUGGUGCAUGAGAAGAAGAAUGAUUGAUGUCGUGGCGUACAUGAGACCAGACAAACUUGAAGCUUAUUUCUCUCUAAGUCGUUUUCGGUCGAGGGCAUUGCAUACCAUCGUUGCGUGAUGGAUCAUAAAUUCGACGCCUUUCGCAGGUGUCAGAGACACGGCACUCAGAUCUUGUCAAACAUAAUCCCUUAAUCCCUAUUUCUGCAGAAGUUCACGAUGGUCUCACUUCGGUUCCUCGCCACUGCAACGCUGCCGUUCCUCUGCGCAGCCCAAACCCCAGCGGAAGUUUAUGACGCUAGCUAUGGCAACGGCUCGUCCAUUCUCCUCAGUAUCGGCAACGGGGGCGCUGGGCAGAGCGGGCUGAUCAAAGCUCUCGCAGAUGCCUUCAUCGAGGACAAGGUCUCGAACGGGUCAGACCCCUUCAGGGUUGCCUGGUAUCAAAGUGAUACAACAUACAGCAUCAACUACCUCAAGGAUGGCCUGAUCGACAUCGGCAUCACGUACAGCACAGCAGCGGAAAGGAUAGCUAUCGAGCAGGGCAUCGCAUUAGCCCCUGACUACUACGCCUGGCGAGACCAUUUCCUUAUCGUCGGUCCCCCCUCCAACCCUGCCAACAUCUCGGGUGACUCCGACAUCUACACCAUCUUCUCCGACUUGCACGAGGCUGCCGAGGCCGCCAACACAACCCCGUCGGUGCGGUUCUUAAGCCGCUACGACAAAUCCGCGACCAACAUCAAAGAGUCCGACCUCUGGAUUAGCAUCGGCCAGGUCCCCUGGUCAACAGCCUACUCGACCUGGUACCACCAAUUCAUCACCUUCCCGAUCCAAGCCUUAACCGCCGCCAUCCUGCUGGACGAGUACACGCUCACGGACCGGGGCACCUUCCUCUCGCUGCCGGCCAACCUGACGAGCGAGACGACCAUCUUCAAGGCCGCGACCGACGACGCCGAGGACCCGCUGCUCAACCCGGCGCACCUGCUGGUAGGCGCCAGGGCGCCGAACCCCGAGAUGGCUAAGGAUUUUGCGGGGUGGUUGGUGGGGAGCGAGGGUCAGGGUGUGGUGAGGGGGUUUGAGAAGAAUGGGGAGCAGUUGUAUAGCCCGGCGCCGUAGAUGGGGGGUUGUGGUAGGGGGUUGGGG